UCCCGGGGCAGCUGGGAUGGUGGCGGAGUCCUGAGGCCUCCUGCAGCCGUCCGGCAGGGAGGUUGGCGGAGGCGGGGCCGCGGCCACCCCUGAGAGGCACCCCGGCGGCGGCGGCGGCCCAGCUUCUUCUUUCCUCGCACAGCCAGACGGCUUCGCUCGAGGCCCGCGUCGCCAUGGCCGCGGUUCCCGAGUUGCUGCAGCAGCAGGAGGAAGAUCGCAGCAAGGAUCUCCAGGCUUUCCAUUUGCUGAAAUACCAUUUAAAGAACUGUGCAUGGUGCUGAGGUUACCACUCCGAGAUCAGUGUGUGCCUUUCUAUGGUGCUGAGAUCUGUAUCUGUGGACCUGAAUGUUGAUCCCUCGCUUCAGAUUGACAUACCUGAUGCACUCAGUGAGAGAGAUAAAGUCAAAUUUACAGUACACACCAAGACCACAUUGCCCACAUUUCAGAGCCCGGAGUUUUCUGUUACACGGCAACAUGAAGACUUUGUGUGGCUACAUGACACUCUUAUUGAAAAUAUAGACUAUGCUGGGCUUAUUAUUCCACCUUCUCCUACAAAGCCUGACUUUGAUGGACCUCGAGAGAAGAUGCAGAAACUGGGAGAGGGUGAAGGGUCUAUGACCAAAGAAGAAUUUGCUAAGAUGAAGCAAGAGCUGGAAGCUGAGUAUCUUGCUGUUUUUAAGAAGACCGUGUCCUCCCAUGAAGUCUUCCUUCAGAGGCUUUCUUCCCACCCUGUUCUCAGUAAAGAUCGCAACUUUCAUGUUUUCCUCGAGUAUGAUCAGGAUCUAAGUGUUAGGAGGAAAAAUACCAAAGAGAUGUUUGGUGGCUUUUUCAAAAGUGUAGUGAAAAGUGCUGAUGAAGUCCUUUUUUCUGGAGUUAAGGAGGUAGAUGACUUCUUUGAGCAAGAGAGGAAUUUCCUCAUUAACUAUUACAAUAGGAUCAAGGAUUCAUGUGGGAAAGCUGACAAAAUGACCCGGUCCCACAAAAGUGUCGCAGAUGACUACAUCCACACUGCAGCCUGCUUGCACAGCCUGGCUUUAGAGGAGCCUACGGUUAUCAAAAAGUACCUAUUGAAGGUCGCUGAACUGUUUGAAAAACUUAGGAAAGUAGAGAGUCGUGUCUCCUCAGAUGAAGAUUUAAAGCUGACAGAGCUCCUCCGAUACUACAUGCUCAACAUAGAGGCUGCUAAGGAUCUCUUAUACAGACGCACCAAAGCACUCACGGACUAUGAGAACUCAAACAAAGCCCUGGAUAAGGCCCGGUUGAAAAGCAGGGAUGUCAAGGUGGCUGAGGCGCAACAGCAGGAAUGCUGCCAGAAGUUUGAACAGCUUUCUGAAUCUGCAAAAGAAGAACUAAUCAAUUUCAAACGAAAGAGAGUGGCAGCAUUUAGAAAGAAUCUAAUUGAAAUGUCUGAACUGGAAAUCAAGCAUGCCAGGAACAACGUCUCCCUGCUGCAGAGCUGCAUUGACUUGUUUAAGAGCAACUGAUCAGCCUGUUCUCUCAAUGAAGGACAUGAUGGGAAAGCCAGUGUACUUGCACUUAAAUCAUUACCACAGAAGACUUAUUACCUUUGACUUCAGUUUAAGAUGAUGUGAAUAAAUAAUUUUGAUUUCUAAAAAUCUUAACACUUAACCAUGUUGGUUUAAAAAUAUUUCUAUUGCAUGCUACUUGGACAUAACUAAUCUUUUCCUUAUGUAUUUAAUACUUCAAAGUGGGUAGAAUCUUACAUACUGGGUUCUCCUGUAACUUGGACUUUUUUUUAGGAAAGGGUGAGGGAAACAUGUGCCUUUUGGAAACAAAUAGACAGUUGCCUGGCACAUGCUGUCUCACUGUUUCAUGUGUCCAUGUACCUGCAAAUGAGUUAUUUUAGGGUAGGUGCCAAUGAAAACCAGUAAUUCAGCUGCCUGUUGCAGGUACCAUAGACAUAUCCAUUCUUCACUGAGGUAAUUUCCCGCCUUACUCUCAUGGCUCCUUAGUUAUCUUGUGAAUUUGUACUAUAAGAACAAGAAAAUCUCAUUUAUCUUUAUACACCCUUUUCAGCUCCAUUUUUGUAGUUGGGAUAUAAAUAUUUGAAAAGAGACAAGUGUCUUAAGGUUAUAAAAACAAAUAAUACAGCCUAUUAAAGAAUUUGGCCAGAUCUGCAUUAAGAUGUGAGCCCUCUCCCUAAUGAUGGUGGGGGGGUAUGUGUGUGCUUGGAUUUUUUAAAUAAAAUAUAUAAUAAAAUAAUAAACCAUGCUA